GAUCCGCCUGGCUCUGCCUCCCGAGUGCUGGGAUUAAAGGCGUGCGCCACCACCGCCCGGCAUAAUUUCUGAUAUAUUCUUAAUGAACUGGGUUAAGAACAUUAUUUAAAAUAAAGUUGUCUAUUCUAUUAAAUUUUAUAUGCUAUUCUGAAAGUACUUACCAAAUGCAAUCUAUAUAAUGCUUCUAUUUUGAAUUACUGAUUGUUAAAGGAAGUGAUAUUUUUAUUACUCAAAAAUAAUUCCUUGCUUCCUGGUGUUUUUCAUUGUUUGAAAGUUUGCUGUUCAUCUUCAUAAAUCAUUUCUCAGCCAGAUUUCAGCAGUUGUAUAGCCAUGUUCUCAUAUCUGUUAAUUCCUGCCACUAUAAUAGAGCCAUGAGAAAACAUGCCCCACUUGUAAUGUUCGGUGUGUUCCAUCUGUAGACAAGUAUAGUCAAUGGAAACCCCCUUCUGACCACCCAGAAGAUAGGCUGACUAGGAACAGGUAUCUUCAGAAUCAGUGUGCUUUGAGCAAAAGCCACAGUGCUACAGAGCGUGAAUGGAAAGUGGCUGGACCUCUGUGUGGGACUACCUUGGACAUUUUGGAAAAGUGCUUUACUCAGAUAAUGAAUGAGAUCCAAGUGUAGCAGAGAGCUAGACAGACAAGGAACCAUUUAUGACUUUUGUGGAAAUGUCAUCAACCCCAGGCCCAAAUGUUUUCUUUUUGUUGUUUGUUGUUUUUCUAUCAAAAACUACUUAUGACAAAUUGGAUGAAAAAAGGGUGGGGCAGAAGGUUUGUCUUUGGUUUUGGUUUGUUUUUUUUUUCACUUAAGUCCAUGAAACCUUUACUUCAGUGUUACAUAAGCAAUAAGAUUAAAAACAUACAUAAAAAACUCCUCUGGGAUAUAUAUUUUCCACAUACAUCUUGAGUCACUAUUAUUAGUAUGUUCUUAUUUUUAAUGAAUGACAUUUUUAAAUAUUAAAAAAUUUAAAUAAUAAUUUAAAUAACCUUAAAGGGUCACGAAGAUUGUCCUACUUGUUUACUGCAGCCAUUAUUCAUAGCUACUGUACAGAUAAUAUUUUAUUGAUUCAGAAAGUCUCAGUAUAUUAAGUAAGAGCCUAGGGGCCUAGAAGAGUAUGGAUAAUCAUGGCUUCCUACUAUGUGUCCUCUGUUUUACUACCCUAAUACCCUGCUCCCUCCCUGUCCAGUCAUAAUUCACAACUAUACACUCUUCAACAAACAUAGGGAAAAAAAUGACUUUUGAGACUUUCUGAAGUGUCCAGGUCAAGUAAGAAAUUUGUAUGCUGUAGCAGUUUGCUUUUGCUUUUGGUUUUUAGGCUUUUUGGUGGGGAGUGGAUUUUUUGAGACAGGGUUUUUCUUUAAUAUUCCUGGCUGUCCUGGAACUCACUUUGUAGACCUCAAAUUCAGAGAUCCACCUGCCUCUGCCUCCUGAGUGCUGUGAUUAAAGGUGUGCGCCGCCACAGCCCGGCUGCUGUAGUGGGUUUUAUGAGAAUGUCCCCCAUAGGCUCCGAUGUUUGAAUACUUGGUUCCUAUUUAGUAGUGCUUUCUGAGUAGGUUUGGGAUGUGUGGACUUAACAGAGGAAAAACACCAGUGAGGUUUCAAGAGCUACAUGGAAUUUCGAGUUUCUUCUCUUGUUUCUGGCUUGGGUUCACAAUGUGAGGUCUCAGCUCGCUGCUUCUGUCACCAUGCCUGCCUGCUGUCACACCUACCUGCCAUGAUAGUGAUGCAUUCCUAUCCCCCUGGAACUGUAAGGCCUUCCCUCUAUAAGUUGCCUUGAUCGUGAUGUUUUAUUACAGGAUUAUAAAAGUGACUAAUACAUAUGCUUUUCUCUUUAAUUUGCCUUUUGUUAUCAGUGAACCUAGAAAUGGGAAUACUUCCUUAUAGCUGUGCACUAUAUAGUCAGUCUUUUCUCACUAAGUAUAUUCUGUAACUCUGAAGCUAAAUGUAAACAUUUAUCCAAAUACUUAUAUUGCCUUAUGUAGUUAACAUAUACACACAAAAUUCUAGGGGAAAAAGGUAAAUAUUUAGGUUAUGCUGGAAAGUAAUUUUAAAUUCUGUAUUUUUUUUAAUUCUUCCAGAGUUUAGGCAACAUGCAUUUUUAUAAUUCAAUAAGACAUUUUAAAGUAAACAUCACUCUGUAAUAAUAUAAAGAAAGGAUAAGAGGGAACCACACUGAGCAGAGGCAACUGUUUGUGGUUGUUAAAGCAAUUUCUAUAGUUCUAUUACAUCUGGAAUGAAGGGGUAAUGGAUGAUAUUCCUAAGAGAUGUUACUUACUAAAGUAGAGCCAGCAGAAGCUGCUGGAAUAGAGGCUGGUGGAGAGUAAGUGAGGGAACCUAAGAUCUCAGAUGACAGGUGGAUGGCAGUGCCAUGCCCUGAGAGGAUAUAGGAAGAAGAUAAAAAGCUUCAUUCAGGACUGAGAUGGCUACAAGUCACAGACGAAGAUUCCAGUAGAUCACAGGCUACACUCUGGCAACCUAGUGGUGCCAGGGCAGAUGACACCAAAGGUUUGCUGGUUGAAGUGUGUAAUUGUGAAGCGGCUCGUAAGGAACACCGUGGAGUGUAGAGAAACACUACCUAAGGGGAGAAAGCGAAGGAGGGAACCAGAAGAGUCACUUAGUGAAAGGAAGGAAGCAGGCUUCAAGAACAGGCCCGGCCAGAGGAACUUCCUGUAAAAUGUGACAGUGCUCGGGAGAUUCUAGUCAUCAGACUUCAUGAUCCUAAUGUUUUUUUUUUGUUUGGGUUUUUUUUUGUUUUUGUUUUGUUUUUUGUCCUUUCUGGUGGAGAGUUCAAGUGAAAGACAAAUCGCAAUAAACUGAGGGGUUCAAUGAAGUUGAAUCCGUGAGUGUAAGCCAUCUUCUUGAAGAGUUUGAGUGUAAACCAAGAGGGCAGUGACCUCAUAACCGGGUGGGGACAUGAGUGCUGUGACAUCACCGAGACUGCUUCCCUUCUUGUGGGUGGAAGAAAAUUCCUAGUUAGCAAGUACUCAAUUCUGUCACUAAGGAAAGGCAGAUAGGCUUUUGCUGAUCAGAUGUUGUUGCUAAUCAUGUUUCAUCGAAAUGCCCCACAUAUAAAACCCAAGUGAGUUUGACUUCAGGAAAUACUAACAUAUGCCUUCAUGGCUUAAAACAAGGACAGUGUAAGUCUGGUCAAGAAAUAAAAUCAAGUUAUGGCAGCGUAUUUCUUCUCUUCUCCCACCUUCUAAACUGAAGGAAUGGCCUCAAAUGGAAAUUCUAAGAACAAAUACCAUUUGUCAUAGAGGUCGGUGUGACCCACUGAGAAUUCUCGUGACCAAGCCUCUCUUCUGAUACAGUUGACUUCUCUGGACACUGCCUAGUUUGAAGAUUUCAAAAGGCCUGAUGAGUUUGCGCUUAAAUGAAGUCACAUAGUGUGGAUAAUCACAGAAGAAUUGGUGCCAGCCCCUGGGGACACAGGCAGAAGUCCAGCCACACUGCAAGUGACAUAACAUAAUGACAAGUGACAUAACAAUUGGCGCCAGCCCCUGGGACACCGGCAGAAGACCAUCCACACUGCAAGUGCAGAAAGCAGGUAACUGUCCUGAGUUGUUUCAUUCCACGUCCAACCCUCCAAAUUCUCAAACUUCCCAAGAAAGACGUGGUGGAGGCAACCAGCAACGUCUCAGCUGCUCUACAAAGAACUCCAAAGGUGAGAAUUCUCAUCUCCCAGACAACACAACAGAAACGACUGCCCUUCAGAUGGUUCCUACCCAUAAGGAGGAUUUGGGUAGCCACCAGAAAACAAAACCAAAACUGGAUUGAUUAAGGAAAUACAAAACACAAUACUUUCAGAGAGCACUUUUUUACAGUUAUGGCCUUAAUCGAGCUUAGUCAGUGGAAAUUCUCAAGUGUGUGUGUCUGCAUAAAUGUUCUAUAUUUUAAACUUUGGGGCUUAGCCAGAUACUUGAGCUACUAACACUGGUCAAAUUUCCCUUUAAGGAUAUUCUGAAGGGAAGUUUUUCCUUGCGGUUUUAAGUAGAAAUUGACAAGGAGUGGUUUUUAGCUGAGGAGGAGCCUUGUGUGUGUGUCACAGAGUUGGAGGAGAGAGCCUGUUUUUCCCUACAAAGUUGAAGGCUGUAGGGAGAGUUAGUGCUGGUGACCCAUUCUGUUCCUUUUGGAAUUGACAUGCCUGUGAUGGAGAGGUGAAUCCACCAUCUAUCCCGGACUCUGUAAAUCAAAGGAAAAAGCAGCUUGAAGAAACAGAUCAAACAGAGAUGACAAGUACUCAAUUUGAUUGUCAAUACUGCACGGUAUCCCUUCUUGGGAAGAAGUAUGUGCUCAAGGAUGAUCAUCUAUACUGCGUCUCCUGCUAUGAUAAGAUCUUUUCUAACUAUUGUGAGCAGUGCAAAGAACCAAUUGAAUCAGACUCUAAGGAUCUUUGUUACAAAAACCGUCAUUGGCAUGAAGGAUGCUUCAAGUGCACCAAAUGUCAUGAGUCUUUGGUGGAAAAGCCUUUUGUUGCCAAGGAUGAGCGCCUGAUGUGCACAGACUGCUAUUCUAAUGAGUGUUCCUCCAAGUGCUUCCACUGCAAGAGAACCAUCAUGCCAGGUUCUCGGAAAAUGGAAUUUAAGGGCAACUACUGGCAUGAAACCUGCUUUGUGUGUGAGCACUGCCGACAGCCAAUAGGAACCAAGCCCCUGAUCUCAAAAGAGAGUGGCAAUUAUUGUGUGCCGUGUUUCGAGAAGGAGUUUGCUCAAUACUGCAACUUCUGUAAGAAGGUGAUAACUUCUGGUGGGAUAACCUUCCGUGACCAGUUAUGGCACAAAGAAUGCUUUCUGUGCAGCGGCUGCAGGAAAGAGCUUUGUGAGGAGGCGUUUAUGUCCCGGGAUGAUUUCCCAUUCUGCUUGGAUUGCUACAACCAUCUUUAUGCCAAAAAGUGUGCAGCCUGCACCAAACCCAUCACUGGUCUCAGAGGUGCGAAGUUCAUCUGCUUUCAAGACCGCCAGUGGCACAGUGAAUGCUUCAACUGUGGGAAGUGCUCCGUCUCCCUGGUGGGUGAAGGAUUCUUGACUCAGAACACGGAAAUCUUCUGCCGCAAGUGUGGCUCCGGGACAGACACUGACAUGUAGAAAGAGACAGCCUUUUCCCACCUGAAACCCGCUUUGCCUUUGCUCUCACUAAAUUGGGAACUCAGUGGCAAUAAUGUUUUUUAUUUGUAUUUUAGAAAGCAGUUUAGGGGUGGGGGUACAUAGCAGGAAAAGUUGAGUAUACUUUAUAACUGAACUCUAUAAUAAGAAACACACAAAACCACAGCCUAAUAGAAAUGAAUUACUAAGCCUGAGUGCUCUAUCUCCUUGCAAAAUACUGCACUCUGCUGUUGGAAACAUGGGAUAAUACUUCUUUAUUAUUGAGUAUAUGGCCUGUAUUUAGUGAUUGUGAAUGUUAGUACUGAAGGGAGUUUUUCAAAACUGCAGAAGGAAAACAAGAUCCAACUGAGAAGUAUACAAGAAACAAAUGUUUGCAUUUUAAGCUAGCUGGUUAUAUAUAACAUGAUAGAAAGAAUAUUAAUAGUGGAAGAGCAAGAUUUAUGAAAAAAAUCAAUCAGUAAUCAUCACACUUAACAACCUUAUCAUUUUAGAAGCAUUCUUUGUUCACAAGUACUGAAUAAGAGUUGAAAAACAAAGCUGUGGAUUUUCUUCAUACACAGGGCUUCCAUCAUCAGCUGCCUCCUAGUCAAUGGAAUUGGAUAGCUAUGGUACCCUUAUACUUAAGUACAAAGGGCACCAUCCCUGCCUGGGGAGAGCAAAGCCUGAAUUUCGAUUAGAUUUAGAUUACAGAUUCAAAUACAUUUUAGAUUAAUUGUAUUUCCAAAGCCCACAAUGGUUUCUGUAAAUGCUUGCAGAUUUCAUCUAUUCUUUUAAGUGAAUCUAACCAGAAUAAUUGUUGUCCCCAAAGGCAAGCCUUUAAAGAAAAUAAAUCAUUAAAUUUUCAUCCAUGGUAAUAAAUGUUAUGGAAGCAGUUCAGUGUUAGAACAUGAGUUUCAUCCAGAUAUCUAAGGCAUAAUAGAAUGCAUAAUUAUUCCUAAGCCUCACACAUUUUGCCUUUGAAAAUUACACAGAUAACUAAUGCUCAAACAUAAAAGUGCACUUUAAAGAAACCUAGUGAAAGUAAUAACUUAAAAAUAAUACUUCACUCUUGAUAAUUCAUGAUCAUAAGACAAACAAAAUACCACAAAAUGGGACUCAAAGAAGCCCUCCUCAGUUCUUCUAUUACUGAACCACCCCCUGUCCUGAAGCCAGCCAACUCCAGGACUCCAAUCUGCUCUGUGACCAGGAGUUCCACACCCUAAGUAGCCAAUCCAGAAAUCAACAUGUAUUCUGUCACAGAGGAAGCUUUAGUGGGAAUUCGGCCACCGUACAAACAACCUUCACAUCCAUCACCAAUUGAUUGUGGCCCUCCCUAGUGUAGGACGAAUGGAAAGCAGUCUGUGACCUCAGUGCUUGGUCAUGAGGUCAUGGUUACAGAAGUUCAUCUGUAGAGAGAAAGGUCAGGAGAACUCUCCUGGAUGUAAUCCUACUCUCCUGGAUGUAGUAAUAUGCUGACUUUCAGACUAGUGCAGAUGCUUGAAAUGUGAACUAAAUAGAAUAAAAGGCUGCACCAGAUGACAGUAGUUAAAAAUGCAUCAUCGGAGAUUCAAUUACAAUUGCUAUCAAAACAAUUUUUUUUUUCAAGACAGGGUUUCUCUGUGUAGCUUUGCACCUUUCCUGGAACUCGCUUUGGAGACCAGGCUAACCUCGAACUCACAGAGAUCUGCCUGAACUGCCUCCCGAGUGCUGGGAUUAAAGGUGUGCACUACCACCGCCCGGCUCAAAACAAUUUAAGUAGUGUAAAAUGCAAGAGAUGUUAGAGAUAUUAAUAAUUUUGAGAAACUAAUAAGUUAGACUAUAUACACAUUUUGAAAAUCACAAUUUUGCUUUUGAAUUAACAAUGAUCAAGAUAUUUUCUCAUAUUAGCAUUGUGGUGUGCAGGCCAAUUAGUACUUGCUUGCACUAAAUGAAAUUGCACAGGUAAAAUUAAACAUGCUGGUUAUUCUGUGACCUAGAAAAUAAUUCAUUCACAACUAUAAAAAUCUAAAUUCUUCAUAAUUUAUAUAGAUAUACAAGAUGUGCCAUUAUCUCUGUUAAUGAAUUACAGAUAAACAUGUGGCACAUAUUUCCUAGUUAAACAAUUAAAAAGAUCAGGUGUUUGUUAUGGUAUGUGGGGAUGAAUAGGGUAAGGAUUGAAUUUAAUUUUUUUAAUGCUACUAGAGAUCAAACCCAGGACCCUACACACACUGUCUAAGGACUCUACCACUGGGAUGUAUUCUUAGCCCUUUGAAUUUAAUCUUAACAAUUAAAUGCAUGAAAUCACUUGCUAGAUAAACAUUUUAUUAUCCUUUCUUAAGUACAGUUUAUAAAUACAUAGAAACUAUUGUCUAUUUUUGUAUUGCUUAGUCACCAAAUAUACAAUUAAUGUGUGCUGCCCAGAAUUUAAGGUCAUGCUUCUGGGACUUUGACAUGAGGGGAGGGCAGAUCUGGAUUCAAAAAUGUGGAGGUCUCACUGCAAAGACCCUUCCCUGGUGUUUAAGGAGAGUGCCACUGUAGAUACAGCAUUCAUAUGCAAAACAACUAGGAAAGACUUCUUCCCAAUAACACACAAAGACAACUGUGGAAAGCAUGGAUGAUUUAUCUGAUUUAUAGAUGGAAAAAUUCUCUUAACUGGCUUAUUAAAAAAUGGAAUGGGCUGCCUCAGUAAGCAUUGGACAUUCAUGAUUCAGGGUGACAUCUGCAUGGGCAGGGAAGUAGUUAUAAGCAAGUCUUUCACCAGAUGGCUUGGAAGCUGCAGAGAUGCUGUGCUAUUGAGCAAGGAGAAAUGGUAUUGCUACAAGCAAAAGUCAAAGGAAGGGGAAAAAUUAACUGUCAGGACAAAAGGUACAGGUGUAUAUAAUAGGCCAUGGAAGUUGCCAGUGUUCUUAGCUAGGACAGACAGAAAAAGGCUGCAACAGUGUUCAAGAACAGUUAUACCAACAUGUAUACUGUGUAGAGUAGGACCAGAAUGGACGGGAGUGAUUGGUCCCAAUGAUUGGUGAUUCCCAAUGCUCCUCACAUGCAUGUGUGGUUGGUGGCUGCAGACAUGAGAGAACAAGCAGAAGUUCAACCCUGGAGCUGUGUUUGCUGAUGUGACUGAGUGUACACAUCAACAAAUCAAGAUGCUUGACAUGGUUAUAUUUGGAGUUGAAGUUGAUAAAAUGGGAUUUUUUUUUCCAUCAAGAAAAAUGGGUAGGAUGCCCAAGGGCUCAAGUUUUAAUUAACAAAACCAUUAAAAAAUUUGACUGAGACAAAUUAGCACCAGUGGAUAACUGAGAUACAAUCCUAUCACAUAGUUCACAACUCAGUCAUUAUGACUUUAGGAACACCGCAUUGUACAUUGCAGUAAAAGAGGUCAGUCAUGAUGAAAAAUGUGUGCCUCUGAGCAUAAGUGACCUUCAUUAAAAACCACUGCAGAAUACCAACAUGAAAAAUCAGCCUUUUCACAUUUUUGAUGUUGGUAAUAUCACUUUUUAAUGUAAGUGUAAAAGUAUUUUUUAAAGUACUUGACAUGCUGACAUAGUUCAUGUGUUAAAUUUAAAAAUGAAUUUUACACUAUGAGAUGGUCAUAUUUAACUGAGCAAAUAAAUUAUUCUUUAAUGCUUUAAUGGAUAUUUUAUACCUGAAGCUGCCACAAUACAGCUUUUUGUUUUAUAAAUGGUGGUUUUUAGAAGUUUCUUAUAUUGAACAAAUGUACACUACACAUAGUAGAUAUUCUUGAAAUGGAUUUUGGAUUUUUUUUUUACAUUAACUGUGCUGUGAACACAACAGAUAUAGAACUUCUUUAGAAUUUCUACUUUUAUUUCAUGCUUCUUGUCUUAUUAUUUUUAUAAUAUACAAAUGAACUAUAUUUGGUUAUCAUCUCUAGGCACAAAUAGAAAAAUACCUUAAGUACUGAUCCAGAUGGAAUGUCUCUCCUGCUAACUGAACUGUGCUGCCCGACUCUUUUCUACAGUGUCAUAUUUAGAAGACUACUAAAUUAAAAUGAUUUUUUAUUUCUAAUUCCUCAGAAGCCAGGAGACGAGCUCACUUUAGAUUUUCCUGCCAUAGCUCAGACUCUUUUGCUAGGGUUUUUCUAAGUCAGAGGGAUUGUUAAAACUCUUGAUAGUUUUAAGCACUUAUCUAUUUUAUUGAAAUCAAAGCUUUUGUAACACAAAACUUUUCCAAAUCCACACUGUUUUACCCUAUAAUUACUUUA